AUGUAUCGUCGCGUCCGCAAAUAUAAUUGGCCUGCCUUAAUAGCAAUAUUUUUCCUCUUUCUGUUCAUUUUAAAAAAUUCGGAAUAUGAUAAAUCAAACGAUAUUAUGAGAAAUAUAGAUCUAAAUCUAGUUGAUAUAAAGUUGAGAGAUUCUCAGCAAAAAAAGGACAUAGAGGGUAACAACUUGACUCACUUCAUGUCAAACGUUUUUGAAUCUCGACGAAAACGUAUCAGAGAUGGUUGUAUAUUAGAUAGUCAUGGCCAGGUUCAGAAGAUAUUAAUAUACAGACCAUCUAACAUAUCAUACUGUGUAAUACCUAAAGCUGGUUGUACCUAUUGGAAACAAAUAUUUAGGUUUUUGAAUGGAGACGUUGGAUCGAAGAAUAUUUCAAGCCCCUUUGAAAUCAAUAGAAUGCUUGCACAUUAUGGUUCUUAUAAACAGAUGGGAAACAUUUCCUUUAAAAGUGUUUCAGAUCGUUAUGAUUUGUCAUCUACUAGGCGUAUACUUGUGGCCAGAAAUCCUUAUUCUAGAUUAUGGGCUGUCUACCUAGAUAAAUUUCUACUGCCUGACUUCUGGAGAUCUCACGGAAAGGCCAUCGCUAAACAAAAAAUGCGUGCACUUAACUCAUCUUUAUCAAUUUCUUCUGAUGAGAGUGAACCGCUUUGUGCCAAUAAUAUAUCAUUUGAAGAUUUUAUAAGAUAUGUUGUGAAUAUAGAAAGUCGAGGCUCUGGAUCCAAUGAACACUGGAUUCCAAUAAGUAAACAAUGUAAUCCUUGUUUAUAUCGCCCUGAUUUUAUCAUCACUAUGGAAACAUUCGCUAGAGAUUCCAAAUUCAUUCUGCAACAUGUAGGGCUGGAUCAUCUGCUUAAAUACCAUCCCAAAUCUCGUGUGUUAGAUGAAUUGAAAAUGUUGAUUAACUACAAUUUUCAGUUAUUAGGUGGGAAAAUAUCAAAGUGUAUCAACGCCUUAGAAUUGUGUAAACGUCUAUGGAAGGUAUUUCAGAUUAACGGGUAUAUAUCAGCUGAAACACCAUUCCCAGAAAUCUUUGAACUGAAACCAUCCUCUCUCAAUAAGCAACACUUUAUGUCCUCAAUAGUCAAGGCUGUCGACAAGAACCAAAAUAGUGCUGCUGAUCAGAAACAACAAAAAUUGGUUGCUAUGGAAACAGCGUAUCAAAUGUUACCAAAAUCGUUACUGCGAAUGAUUCCUUAUAUUUAUGAAAAUGAUUUCCGUCUAUUUGGUUAUGAUCCUUAUCCAUAUAAUUUAUUUAAAGAUUACAAAUUGUAUCAUUAUUUAAAGAAUUGA